AAGGAAUCAGAAACAAUGGCCGGUACUGGGAAAACAGUGUGUGUCACAGGUGCUUCUGGAUACAUCGCCUCAUGGCUGGUAAAGUAUUUGCUCGCCAAAGGAUAUACUGUGAAAGCUUCUGUUCGAAACCCAAAUGAUCCAAAGAAGACUGAACAUUUACUUGCUCUUGAUGGUGCCAAGGAAAGACUUCAUUUAUUCAAAGCAAACUUAUUGGAAGAAGGAUCAUUUGAUUCUUCAGUGGAUGGAUGUGAAGGUGUUUUUCAUACAGCAUCUCCAUUUUAUCAUGCAGUCAAGGACCCACAGGCUGAAUUAAUUGAUCCUGCAUUGAAGGGGACUCUUAAUGUUCUUAGAUCCUGUGCAAAAGCUCCAUCUGUUAAAAGGGUGGUUAUAACAUCCUCUUUUGUUUCAGUUGCAUACAAUAGAAGACCUAAAACUCCAGAUGUGAUAGUUGAUGAGACUUGGUUUUCAGAUCCAGAGUUUUGCAAAGAGAUAAAGGUUUGGUAUGUGCUUUCAAAGACCUUGGCUGAGGAGGCUGCCUGGAAAUUUGUAAAAGAGAAUGGGUUGGACAUGAUAACAAUAAAUCCCGCGCUGGUGAUUGGUCCUCUUUUACAGCCAACACUAAAUACAAGUGCUGAAGCAAUUCUGAACUUAAAUGGAGCACAAACAUUUUCCAAUGCAACAUUUGGAUUUGUUGAUGUUAGAGAUGUUGCAAAUGCACAUAUUCAGGCAUUUGAGAAUCCUUCACCCAAUGGAAGAUAUGCUUUAGUCGAAAGAGUUGCUCAUUAUUCACAGAUUGUGAAAACAUUGCGUGAAAUUUAUCCAACUUUGCACCUUCCAAAGAAUUGUGCAGAUGACAAGCCUUAUAUGCCAACCUACCAAGUUUCCCAGGAGAAAGCAAAAAGCUUGGGCAUAAAUUUCAUCCCUAUGGAGAUGAGCUUGAAGGAAACCGUUGAAAGCUUGAAGGAGAAAGGUUUUUUAAGUUCCUGAAGCUUGUUCAAUAGAAGUCAUGCAAAUA